AUGUACGUCAGCGGAAAACCGCUUUCCCGUGAGCUGCGGUCACGCAUUAUCAAUCUUUCGUGUCUUGGACUUCGUCAGUGUGAUAUCAGCCGGCAACUCAAGGUCACGCAUGGUUGUAUCAGCAAACUGCUGUCCAAGUAUCAAGAAACUGGAAAUCUGGAUCCUGUGCAAAAUGCGGGACGACCGAGGGUCAUCACUUCUGAGAUCGAGAAAAAAAUUGAUCAAUAUAGAAGAGCGGACCCGGGGGCAUUUUGUUGGGAGCUGAGAGAGCACCUAAUACGAGACAAUGUUUGCAGUGUGGACGAGGUCCCAUCUCUUAGCUCCAUAAGUCGCCUAGUCAAAAGCAAAAUUAUCAACGAAGCAGCUGAAAAGAAAGAAUUUGCCACAAAACGACUUAAUGAAUGCGAAAGCACAAAUCAUUCUUCACCAUUUUCUAUCGCAAGUAUAUUAAAUAUUAAAAGCGAUGAAGACAAUCACCAACAACCCAAGAAACCGCAGUGCACAAAACAAUCACUUGAUCCAGGAAGCCGAUCUCUUCCGGUUUCAGACCGUUUUGAUGAACAAGACUCCCAUAGCAACAGAAGCUCGCCACCACUCGCUAGAGAUAUGUAUUCGGAAGAGGGUCAUCCUCGACCUCAACGAAGAGAACGAACCAAGUUUAACCGUGUACAGAGCCUUGAGCUUGAAAAGGAGUUCCAGAAAAAUCCCUACCCUGGAAUACAGCGAAGAAUACAACUAGCUUGCAAAUUGGCCAUUGACGAAUCUAGAAUCCAGGUUUGGUUUGCUAAUCGACGAGCAAAGGGAAGGCGUCGAGUUGUUACCAAAGAUCAUAAUCACUUAAUGCACAACGUAAAGGACAGAAGUUAUGCAUUCCCAAAAGAUACAAGCCCCUCGAAAACUUCAGACUUCAACUCUCCCUACCACUUUGUAAACACGAGUCCAAAUAAGAACCACUUUCACUGGCAAGAGUGCUGA